AUGGCCGAUUUCUUCCUUGCGCUUCUUUCUUUCUUUCUUUUCUUUCUUUUCUUUCUUCCUUUCUUUCAAUCUUUUCGCUUGACUUCACCAUUUUCUUUCUUUCUUUCUUUCUUUCUUUCUUUCUUUUUCUUUUUGUAUUCUUUCUUUCCUUUUUUCUUUCUUUCAUUCUUCCCUUUCUUUCUUGCUUUCUUUAUUUAUUUAUUUAUUGAUUUCUUCUUUUUUUCUUUCUUUUUUCUUUCUUUUCUUUUCGUUUCUUUUUUUCUUUCUUGCUUUAUUUAUUUAUUUAUUCUUUUUUCUUUCUUCCUUCUUUCUUUCUUUUUCUUUCUUGCAUGUUUUCUUUGUUUCAUCUUUUCUUUCUUUUUCUUUCUCGCAUUCUUUCUCUCGUUGUUCUUUCUGUUUUUCUUUAUUCAUUUCUUUUUUUCUUUCUUUAUUUUCCUUUCUUUUCUUUUUUGCUUUAUUUUCUUCCUUGCUUCCUUCCUUUAUUUAUUUAUUCAUUUCUUUUUUCUUUCUUUUCCUUCUUUCUUUCUUUCUUUAUUUCUUCUUUUCUUUUUCUUUUUUUUCUUUCUUUAUUUCCUUUCUUUCUUCCUUUCUUUCAAUCUUUUUACUUACUUUUUAUUUCCCGCUUCCAUUCUUUCUUUCUUUCUUUCUUUCUUUCUUUUUUUCUUUCGUUCUUUCUUUUUUCUUUCAAUCUUUCUUUCUUUCUUUUUUCUAUCAAUCUUUCUUUCUUUCUUUUCUUUCUUUCUUUCAAUCUUUCUUUUUUAA